CGCAGUCGCAGUCGCAGCCGCAGCUUGUAGCUGGGCAAACGCCUGAUCCAUCCGAUGCUGGGCCGUGUUGCCGGCCGCCCGGCGCAUGGCGCGCGAGAUGAACCGGGUGUUUGCAUGCUUGGCCAGGGCAGGAUGCUGGUAGUAGGACGACCCGACCAGCAUUGAGAGGGUGGCCACGCGUUGCCGGUGCCCCAGGAGCCCGGGGCUGGUUGCAGUCGACAGAUGGGGCACCAUGGUCGACAGGGCAUAUGUCUCAUGGCGGUGGUCCGACACCGGGGCCGACACGGGCUGGAUCAGAGGGACCCCCUCGAAGGUGGCAGUAUCAUCACCGGGGGUGGCCUUCCAGCGGCUACCGGCAGAGGCCCGGAUCCCAGGGCCGGCGCCCGUCCGGGCCGCCACGUGGCGACCGCGCUGGAACGGGCACACCUCCUGUGCCGGGUGCUGGCCACACGCCAGGCACAGGUCCACCAGGUCCUUCUCGCGCCGAGAGGCGGCCGACACCUGCAGGGCCCACGGAUGGCCAACCAUGCCCUUGGACCGGUUCUUCGGGCAGGGAGUGGCAGCAUCGUGGGCACCGCAGUACGUGCAGAGACCCUGCAUCUGACGGCGCUGACGCUCCUGCUGGGUGAGGAUAAUCUGACCGGAGGGCAGGGCCAUUCGAGCAUCGGCGGAGGCGUCCCCGGCGACCUUGGGCACCCGGUCCUUGUUCUUCUUCUUUUGCUUCUUCGCCGCCGUCACCGUCGCCGUCGUCCCAGAGGAGACUUCCACCGGGUCCUGGUGCUCGGUUUGGGCCUCGACCUCCGGACCGGUCUCAGCCUCAGCACCAUCAACGGUCUCGGUCGACUGCUGCUUGGAGGGCUUCUUGGUGGGGCGAUACUGCUGUGAAGCUGUGAUGGUGGCGCAGGGCUGUCCACUCGGGUGUAGCCCACAAUAGACACACAGGUCCUGCCGCAGGCGACGGUCAUGCUCGGCCAUGGUCAAAGCACGGACCCCAUUCACCAGGAGGAUGCCUCGCCGGGCAAGGUGCUGGCAGGGCACGGAGUUCGCAUGGAGGCCACACUCCUCGCACAGGUCGAGGCUACGACGCCGGCGCUUCUCGGCCUUGGGCACGAUCACCCGGUUGUUCUUCAACAAGACGCGAUACCGCUGGAGCAUCUUCGGACACUCGACGGAGCUCGGGUGCUCACCGCAGUAGAAGCACAAGUCCUCCUGGAUACGGCGAGUGGCCUCGGCCGGCCGGAGGCGGAAGCGCCCACCGACAAACUGGUGCGUCGUGCUGCCGGUGGCCCAAUUGGGACAGGGCUCAUGCCAUGCGUGUUUUCCACAGGCUUCACACAGGCCGAGGUUGCGGAAGAGGAGCCGAUGCGCCUUCGGCGGGAGGGGCGUCAGCCCGUGCGCGGGCGAGAAGCGCAAACUGCGCGUGUUCCGGGGCGGGAACUGGCCAAACAGCGACAGUCCAAGCGGCCGCCGGCCGGGGGACUCCCGUGCCCGAGCCAGCGCCUGGCGCAGGGUCAUCGCCGGGAGGGGCUUGCGCGUGAUUCGCGGCGCCGAGCUGGACAUGCCGGGCCAGGCUGCGGUCCCAUUCUGGAGUUCCUCAAGCCGGGGAUACCGGGAGUUGUGUGUGCGAUCCUCGGCGCGGGAGUCGGCCUGGUCGUCGUCCGAGUCAUCGAAGACGGCCCAGGAGUCCCGGCGCUGGCGAGUGUGAGCCCCACCAUGGCGGAGGGACCGGCCGCGACCAGGCUCAGGGGAGAUGUGCUCGGUGUCCUGGAGCUCGGGAUCGUGGAGGGAACUGCUGUGGCGCGAAUCGCGACGCGACUUGCGCAGCACAUUGGUGGGCACCGGGUCGUCGCUCACAUCCCGGGGCUCCUGGUCAUGGAGCUGCGCGAGAUCGACGAGCCCGGGGUCAUGGAGGGAGCUAUUGCGCCAGGAGGCAGAUCGACGGCCCUCACGGCGCUCGCCCUGGUGAUGCUCGGCCUCCGCCUCGUCAUGGUCGUCAGGCCGGAAUUGCGGGACAAAGGCCGCCGAUCCGUGGGGCUGCUGGGACAGGAAGUUCCGUGAUGAUGAUGAUGAGGAGUAGUCGGCGGCCGCAACAGCACGGGCCGUGCGCGACAGCCGGGCUGGUCUCAGCAGCGUGAGCAACGUCUCCUUCGGGCACGCGCGCGCGCGGGAGAGAGAGAGAGAGGAGUUGGAUGGACGACCUAGGUCAGGACGAAGCAAAGGCAGGGCCAAGGGAGGCCGACGAGAGGAGGGCCGGCGACAGACCGAGAGUGGCGAAGGAGGGCGAGCGACGCGGCGGAGGAUGGCAAGAGAAUGCAGCAGGAGGGCGCAGCGGGAGGAGCAGGGGAAAAGAAGAGCAGAUACAAUGCGUGGCAAUAUCGGGAGGGGGAGGGGGGCGGGGGGUAAGGAGG